GAAACUGAUUCAAAGAAAUGGGAGAAAAAAGAAGCUUCGGGUCCUCCUUUACAGACAGCCAGCAUGAGCGUCAGAGCUUUGAUCGAAGAAAAAAUUAUACAAAAAAGAACCACAAAACCAAUCACUGCGACUCAGAACGGAUUAACAUAUUCAGGCUUGAACCGGGAAAAGGAAACGGUCGUGCAGCAAGUGGUGAGCCGGAGCACGGCGGUGCACGCGGUGAUGACAACGGGCGGCACGUCGUUCGCGGUGCCCGCGGUUCCCAGUACCACGGCGCCGGUGGACUCGACGGUGGGCUCAGCUGACUCCACGGCGGUGGUGUACACGGAUAUAAUACUGAAGAAGACCGGGGUGAAGCGGGCGUGCUCGGACCCGGGGUACCAGUACAAUCAUGGCAGCACCAGCCCGCAAAUAGAUAUUAAUUACGCCAGUUCUCCAUACACACUGAAUCACGGUAACAGUGGUGGUGGCGGUGGCGGUGGCAACGUCGGCGGCGAAAAGGAAACCGAUAACCAGGGCUAUUAUUCGCCAGGACUCAACGACGAUAUAUUUCCCAACGUACAGACCGACUCCAUGCUUUUGCAAGCCGUCGAUUCCGUGCAGCUGGCCAAUACGAUACAGGCAACGGAUAUGCAAGACAUGUCGUGUUUAGAUGAUUACGAUGGCAUGACAGAUCUUCAAAACAAUGAAGAUUUUCAAGCUGUAUUAAACUCUCCUCUUUCUGCCAGUCUAGCAGAUUUAGCAUACAGUUCAGGACAAACGAUGUUUACAGAUUUAGGCAAAUCACCUCUUCCGUCUCCUAGUUUCACUUACCCAACUCCACCAGCCAGUCAAGAGGGUCAGUCUCCAUCGCUAAAUUUUCAUUCAGUUAUGUCGAACGGUCACCUUGGUGACUUUUUUUAUUCAUCCGACAUGUCAAGUUCUGAAGCUGUUGAAGCAGCUCUAAGCGAAGUGUUACCAAAUUUCGAAUCCACUACUGAUUCGCCUUUAUCAGCGAAUACGCCUGUUUCAUCUCCAAUGUCUAUACAAAAUACAUCCGCUGCACCAUCACCAUUGCCUAAUCAUCAUCAACACACACUACAGGUAAUGAUGCCAAAUUCAGAAGACCCAUUAUUAUCUAGCAGUCCUAAAGAAUUUAGGAAGAAAUUUGAUUACCAGACAUGCCGCUUGUAUGGAGUCAAUGGAACCAUGGCCCAAGUAAUCGAUGGCAGUCAGUUUUUGAUCGAUAAAAACGGAGAUUUGAAAUUAGUUCAAGCCAGUUAUCAAAACCCUGGAACUAUGUUCGUGCAAACAGAAGCCCAGUUGAUUGAUAAACAUAUACCAGUUAUCAAACAACAAAAGCCAGAUAGUAACCAAAAUAUUGAAGAUAUAGAUGACAUUUUCCUUAAUCCGUCGAGCAUACCACCAAAUUCUACCAAUAAAGUAAAUAGAAAACGAUGUUUCGGUGAAACAACAACAUACAAAUCGUUCAGAUCCAGAUUACGUUGCCAUAGGCUUGGAAUGUUGAAUGAACCGACCUUACAGUACACUCCUAAGCCUAUACUAAGUCCUUCUAGAAAUGGGAGAGGCCUUUAUUGGCAAGCAGUGACUUCAUGGCCAAGCUCUUCAGCUAUCAAAGAAGUAAUUGUUGAGGAUUGUGUUGGACAAGAUUCACCGCCCGAAUGCGAUAUCCUACCACACAUCAAUCUUGGUUCAAAUUUCCAAGCAGCAAUACCGCCAAUAAGCAAAGUCAGAACAAUUCGUGAACCAUCUAAUGAUUAUUUACUUUGGGACCCUUGUAUUACAAAUUCAGCUUCUGAUAGAGAAGUUGAAAUGUACAUGGACUUCGCUUGCUGUGCCGCAGUACCAGGUGGUGGGAGAAACAAAGAAUAUGCUCUGCACUUGCUACACCUGUGUAAAGGAAACGUUCAAGAAGCCAUGUUAAAAUUAAUGCAGCCAACACCGUAUCUCCCUCAGGGACAUCCAUUAAUGAAAUUUGAGUAUACAGAAUCUGAUCAUUGGACUCCAAAUGAAGUAUCCAUGUUUCACAAAGCUAUAUUUAAAUUCAACAAAGAUUUCGCGUUUAUAUCUAAAGAAUUGGGAACAAAAACUCUGAAACAAUGCAUACAGUUUUAUUAUUUGUGGAAAAAAGUUUGCCCGGAAGACUAUAAACAAUUUCAAUUUCAAAGGCGAAAGUCGAGAAAUGAAGACACAAUGGUUAAUUCAAAAUUAGACAUUCCUGCUAACGACCUUGAGGUCACCACCAGUUCGGAGGACCAACAAACUUUCGUUUGCGAAUUCUCAGACUGUUUGUCGACAUUCAACAACAAAAUAGGAUUAGCAGCUCAUAUGAGACUUCAUACAAACGGAACACCAGACAGAAGGCAAACACCGACACCAACACAAAUUGAUCCGAAUUAUGAGGAAUUUCCUUGCAAAAUCUGUGGAAAGGUAUUUAAUAAAGUAAAAAGUCGAAGUGCUCAUAUGAAAUCACACAGGCCUCCUGAUGCGGAACCUAAGAAACCGAAAUUGGAUCAAACCGUCGAUUACGGCCAAAUGAUGCAACUCAAGACGGUGGCAACACCAAUUCAAUUACAUAGACAAUGCUAAAUAAAAGAAUGUUUGGCCAUAAUGAAAUGAAGCUCAAAAUUAACCAGAGCUCGUACAAUCAAUAAAAACCUAUGUCCAGGGUUUUUGCUAUUAAAAAAUGUCCAAGCAAUAUAUACAUAGUAUAAAUAUGUAAUAACGUACAUAUAUAUAAAUGUGUAUUAUU